AUGCCUGACAGGCUAUUAGGCUCACUGAUAUUUGAGACAACAGGGAAUUCAGUAGCUAGCUCACCAUAUUCUUCAAAUCAGUUUGAUAGUGAAACAGUUAGUUCCAUGAGCGACAGCCAGGAGCAACUCAGCUCUGCACAGUCUCUCUCUGGAUUCAGCCAAUCUGGGGGUAACUCUUCUUCUGAAUCCAACAGUAACUUCCAUCGUUCCUCGCGAACCAGUCUCCAGCUCUUUCCUUGUUCAGAAUCUACCUCGCAAGAUGCGCGUUCUAGCCCUGACAUGAAACAUGUGUUGGAGCAAUUGGAGACUGCUCUCAUGGGACCUGACGAGUACAUGGCUGAACCUAGUGAUUACCACGGUGAAAGUGGUCAACCACAGACACCGGCUCAUGAGACUAGGGCAUGGAGCCAAGAGGACCAGCACCAGGGUUCUCAUGUCAUCCAGCCUCAGCCCAUGUUCAUCUCACGCCCCCGGCAAUCAGAAGAGGAAGCAACUUUACAAAGUUCUCAACCCAGCAAUUUGGAGAAAUUGUUGAUUGCCUGUGCCAAGGCUCUUGCUGAAAACAACAUGACUAGUUUUGAAUGCCUUCUGGAGAAGGCUAGAGGUGAGGUCUCCAUCACAGGGGAACCAAUCCAGCGCCUUGGUGCCUACCUGGUAGAGGGGUUGGUGGCAAGGGAGCAAUCGUCAGGAAAUAAAAUCUACCGUUCCCUCAAGUGUAGGGAGCCCGAAAGCAAGGACUUGCUAUCUUACAUGCAGGUUCUGUAUGAAAUCUGCCCUUACCUCAAGUUCGGUUAUAUGGCAGCCAAUGGAGCUAUUGCUGAAGCUUGCAGGAAUGCCACGCAGAUACACAUAAUUGAUUUCCAGAUCGGUCAAGGGACACAAUGGAUGACCCUUCUUCAGGCUCUAGCAGCCAGACCAGGGGGAGCUCCACAUGUGCGUAUCACGGGUAUUGAUGACCCUCUCAAUAAGUAUGCUCGCGGUGGGGGUUUGGAAGCAGUUGAGAGGAGAUUGGCAGCACUCUCUGGGAAGUUCAACAUCACAGUGGAGUUCCAAGGCCUGCCAGUUUUUGCCCCAGAUGUAACCAGAGAGAUGCUUGAUGUCCGGCAAGGUGAGGCAUUGGCUGUGAACUUGCCGUUGCAGCUGCACCACACUCCAGACGAGAGUGUGAUGUAA